AUGGCGUGCUCAGGCAGUCGAUGCGGCGUCUAUGGGACGUAUCGCUUCAAGAAUGGGGCAAGAUAUGUGGGAGACUAUUACCACAACAUGAAACAUGGACAGGGCACCUUCUACUGUCCAGAUGGAUCUAAAUAUGAAGGGUCGUGGGUUGAGGACCUGAGACAGGGUCAUGGUGUCUACACUUACCCUAAUGGUGACACGUAUGAUGGAGAUUGGCUGCAUAACAAGAGCCGCAUGGCCAGGGGAAGUAUGUGUUCGACACUGGCUGUGAGCAGCAUGGUGAAUACCACCAAGCAGAGCAGGACUGAGCUGAGGGCAAGUGGGGCGAGUUGGCCUCCACCACCAUCCUCAAGUGGAUUCCCAAGUGUAUUACUGGCCUGACACCAUGGACUCCAGCCAAAGACACCUCAGGUGGGGAAAAGGAAACCGCUUCAGCAGAGGAGGGAGCAGAGAACUGAGCUGUGUGAUCAGCCCACAAUCCUCAUUUUUUAACCUAUGUUUAAAAGGCAAAAAUAACAUAAACAUAUUAAUGAAUGUGUAAAUAAAUUUGUUAAGCUUGUAUUUUCAGUGUUUCCUCAUGAAGGUGGUUGUAGCAACUGGAAACUUUCCAUUACCUACUGUGAUUAUCAUAGUGUGUACUUUCAUAGAGUGCAGUGCCCCCUUGUGGCAGUUCCCAGAAGUUCAUUUUGUUCUGGUCCCUCCACAGAGAAAGGUAAGUUUUUUUGCUCUGUCACUCCAAGGAGGUAAAUUACAUUUAAUUGGUGUUUUGGUCAAAUUUAGCGACGCCUUUUAGCCAUCUGCUAGCAAACAUGAAACAGUCUGUUAGAGCAGGUGACAGUGAA